CCUUUAACAUAUAUAUCAUCAUAUAGCCACGAGCUGAGAGAGGGAGUUUGAUAGGGACGGAAUGAAACACCUUGCUCUUUUUUUGGAGUCUGAAUAAGGACAAAAUUUUGAGAUUAUACAAGAGCUAAACCAGAUUAAAACUAUGACAGCUAUAGAAGACAGAACCACUUAGAGAAAGCCACAAGCCCACAACCUUUCACACUACAACAAAAAUGGUGCAGGUAAGAAAAACCAUUCACAAGACCAAAAGUUUCUUUCACAAAAGUCUAAAAAAUUUCAGGUCUUUUUUCUCUGGAGGGUACCAAAAACUUCCAAGAUCUCUUUCCUUCAGUCCAUUCCUUUGUAACAUUGACGAUGCAAAAGCUUGCACAAGUGACCAAUUCUACAACGAGUUCUAUGAUCUCUUGCAGUCUGAUCUCAGCACAAUGAAGGUGAUUGGUAACAAUAACAACACCAAAUCAAUGUCACAAGAGCCUGCAAUGGAAGAUGCUGCGAAAAACGGAAACUUCGUGUGUAUUGCAAAGCAAAAUCCACAAAAGAGUACUCGUGAUGUCACAGAAAAAGCAAAGAUGAGCAAAAGUAGCUCGUCGCAAUCACAACUGAGGAAAAAGGGAGCUCAUGUCUUGGCACAGAAGAUGAAGGAAUUGGAUAUGAUGGAUUCAGGUGAUCUUGAACAUGUACUAGACAUAGAAGAAGCACUUCACUACUAUUCUCGCCUUAAAAGUCCGGUGUAUUUAGACAUUGUGGACAAGUUUUUCACUGAAAUAAAUUCAGAGUUCAUUGUUCCACAACCCUCUAUCAGCUUCAAAAACUCAAAGGAACGACUUGCUCCAAUUCAAUUGCUUAAAAGAUAAUCAUUUAAUCACAAUGCGAAGCAUGUUCUAGUUUGAUGUACUACUUACUUUAUUUGGUUUAGUUUCUAUUGUUUAAAGUUUUCUUCUUUAUUUUUCUUUUCAAUUGUUUAGAGCUUUAUGUUUUCUUAUAAUAUAUAUGAACCUCUAACUUUCUUGUUUGCCUA